AUGGUGGCAUUGCGGAGCGCAGGAGUGAUUGCCAUCAACCACGACCAGGCACCGGAUGUGCGGUGCACCGAGUCUUCUCAGCCCGUUGAAAGUUUCCUCGAUGUAACUCAUGUCUUUUCGCUUCAAGAUGACAAUGUCGUGGAUGACUGGCGGCCAACGGAGACUGAGCAACAAAUGCUCGGAGACUUCUUUGUCGAAACAUACAACACGGAACAAGCGGGGCCCGAAUUCUGCGAUCCACACUACCGAAGGUUAAGCAGCAUCUCCGUCGAUGCCAUGCGAUACUCCAACAAUGAACUAGAGAUUCUGAAAUCCAGGCAAAACGACAAUACCACUGUGGUAGCUUGGAAGGCACGAUAUACCCUAAAUGGGUACUGGGAUGGCUAUAGGGGUAGCACGAAUGAGGGCUUUCUGGCUUCAACACAACGACACGAUCCAGACCAUACAUCUCAACAGCAUCACUCCUGGUUUUCCCAUCAACACUCUGCUAGACCGGGAGGGUUUCCACCGCACCAAAGCAGCGGUGGUGCAGAUCAUGCUGGUUGGCUUCGCAGGUCUCCCAGAGAUGAGAUCCAAGCCGAGAACAGGGGCUUUAGUAGAAGCACCAAUGGGAACGACCAACUUCGGGAGAGGAGCACAAGAUCAGGCCGAACACUCCGAUUCCACGGCGAGGAAGAAGGAGACCAUCAACCAACCCUCUUGAGACAAGAAUGCCAAUGCCCAUCCGAUGAUGCCAAACGACGACCUCCCAAUCAUGAAGAAUUCCUUUUAGCUUUCAACAAUGCUGUUAGAGAGAUGCGUUCCUCGGACCAUUCAACGCGUCGUUUCAUGCCGUCAGGCUUGAGAUACAUUCGUCAGGUGGCGCAAGUCGACGACAACAGCAAGGACCUUCAACGGCCGUCCGUUGCCUUUGAGACGACCGUACAACUUUGGGUGCCGACAACCACGGACGGUUCUUCCUUGCCGCUACCUAGACAUGUGCUAGAGAGUGCACUCCUAGAUGCGUUUGACGACGACCACUCACAUCAUUACGGUCUGCGAAGUCAUGACUUGAUAUCAGUACAGCAUGUCGAACUCAUGACACGGCUCGCACCGUCGCUGGAAGGACACGAGAUUGUCGAGUUUACACUUGCGGGCAUCUGCCGCCAUUGCAACCUACUAGACAAUUCUUCGCCGCAGUCACCGUGGGAUCGAUGGCUUCAAACUGCAGUCUCGCAGGUACAGGACUCGUUCGAGACCAACGCUCGUCGUCGACUGGCGGAACCGCCAUCCAACAAGCAAGACUUGGUCGACGUAGUGGAGUAUGACUGCUCAUCGAACAAGGAUCAGUUUGAUGCCACAGUAUACGUUCGACUCUGGGACGAUGAGAACGUCAAUUUGACCUGGUUGGAAGAGAACUUUAUGGAAGCAUACAACUUGUUGACCUUUACGCUAUGCGACAACCCUCUCUUCCGCAACGUGGUCAGUGCGAAAGCAACCCCACUGGCACCCAAUCAAACCAUCACGGAGGAAGCUUUAGAUGCGCUUCUUCUACUAGAGACCUAUUCGGACAUGAACCAGAGUGACGUUGAUCUUCUCAACGCCACGAUAUACACCUUGGAGGUUGUCGCGGAAUGCGACAAAUGCAACUCCACGACGCCUCUCUUCCACAAGUUUCCUCGACUCAACGAGACAACGAUGGAACAAAACAGCACAGUGGCUCCAGAUACCACCACCGAAGCCAUCACUCUUGCCCCUCAAUUUGGCGGCCCAUUCUUCUUACCGGGGUCAAACACCCGACCGUCUCUUGGGAUCGCGCGUCAGGGUUCUGAUCCCACUUCGACUUGUGUGUGUCCCAAGAACGAUUCCAAUGCAUUCCGAGCUCCAACCGCAGAAGAGUUUCAAUUCUUCUUCAACGAGCGCUUGAACCUUAGUUUGGGCGAUCCAUCUGCCGCGAUGCAAGUUGCGGAAGAACAACGAAUAGAUUGUGGGACAAGCACUGACUUCUUCUCGUCUUAUGCCUACGUCAGCUUUGACAUUCAGUUCAUAGAUAUUUCGGAGCAGGACAUGGCAAAACUGCAGCAAACGUUUGCCGAAACGUACAAUGAGCUGUCGUAUAAAACUUGCGACAAGUACUAUCGCAAGGUGGUGAACGCGACGAUUCUGAUCGGUCCAUCUUCUGAUCUGAUACCUCUCCGUCGAAAUCUUCAAGAAACGGAGACACCGUCGAUGAUGAUUGAUUCGUCUCCAACCUGGUUGGAUUUGGACGAGCCUAGAAUGCUGAAUCAAGGGCUUGUUGAGAAUAACGUGUGCAAAUGUCCUGCAGGAGUGGAACCCGGCAUCAACGGGUCGCCCUCAGAAGACGAAUUCCUUGAAGCCUUCAAUCAGCGGCUUGAAUCGCUCAACCUGUCGUCGGUUGAUUCCGCCGAGCAAGUUGUGGAGGGAUACGAGGUUGACUGCCCUUCCAACGCUUCUAUCUUUUCUUCUGCUGUGUUUUCCGACGUCACGAUCGACUUUGACAAGUUGACACUCGAAGAGAAAAAUGUGUUGGAAGCAACUUUCCGGGAUACUUACAAUGCUCUAACAUACUUUCUGUGUGAUGGCGACUUUCGUAGUGUCGUGGAAGUCGAUCUGCAGCGGGAAUUGCAGAUGCGUUCUCAAGUCUGCAUCUGUCCUGACGGGGUAGAUAUUGGUCAAGGUCCGACCAUAGAACAGUUUCAAACGUUGUUCAACCAGCGACUCGACGAGUUGGUUGCUGGGGGCAUCCUCACAUCUGUGUCCGUCGGCACCAACGUCGCCAUAGUCACGAUGAUGGUCGAGGGCCAGCAGGUUGAUUGUAUUGCAGAUGUCGAGCAGUUUGAGUCAGCAGUCUACACAGGCCUUCGAUUGAAUGAGCUUCAAGUUGACGGAGCGGCGAUGAGUGAAAUUGAAUCUGGUUUCAUGUCUUUGUACAAUACGAUCUCGUUCGAAGGCUGCGACAGUUUCUUUCGACGGGUCACGAGCGUUGAACUCGUCGUUGGGCAGAACUUUGUAUCUCGCCGUUUGCAGCAGGAUGCGUUCGGUCCAGGAGAGGACGCAAGCAUUGCUCAAAACUUGACCCUUGCCUCGAAUGAUACGGACUCUUCAAAUGCUUUGGAAGGCGAAGCUUGCUACUGCGCGGCAGGCAUCGAGCCUGAUGGACGAGGACCGUCUCCCGAGGAAUUCGCUCCCGAGCUCGAUGAAAUCAUCGACAUGGCCACUGGAGGCAAUGGGAUAGACAAUACUGAAAAUGAAGGUUCUGGAAGCGACGAUAUUAUCAUUGCUGAAGUGGACGUAUCAUGUGCAGACUUAAGCCGGAGCCUGGACAUUGUCGACGCAAGAUACUCUGUUUUGUAUCCGAGUGAGAUCCUCACCCUGUCGCCUGAGGAUACAGAAGUUUUCCUGAGCGGAAACUACCCUGCUGCGUACAACGUUUUCAGAAUUGAUACUUGCUCUCCAAUUCUCCUUCAAGCGUCGAUUGUGAAUGGUGCACGACGCCUACAACAAGGCGCGAGUGGAUUUGUUACCAUCGAUUCAAGGAUAGUUUCCCUGCAGCCUAUUGAAUUUGUUUCUGAAACCGUGCAGUUGUUUCGGGAUGAGACACAUCGGAUCGCCGUGGCGCAGAGGCUUCUGGAGCUCUUGAAUCUGUUCCUCCUUGACCGAUCGCCGGAUUUCGAGCUUUUUCCAACGCCAACGCUGGCUCCCUCCGGCACACCGAGUGCACAGCCAACCUUUGAACCCACUCCUGAACCCACUAAUGAUCCCACUUCCGAGCCUACUGUUGAACCCACUUUGGAGCCUACGUCCGAACCAACGUUUCUACCAUCACCCCAACCAACUUUUUCGCCAACAGUGUCACCCAGUGCAGCUCCGUCCUUGUCUCCAUCUGAUAUUCCAACAAAAGCACCAACACUAUUACCUUCCUCGAUUCCAACUGUCACUCCAGGAAACCCUUCAGCCAGCCCGACAACAGCCACACCAUCUUCGCCCCCCUCUACAAUACCAACAGUUUCUCCUUCGGAGGUGCCCUCUCUUCCCCCGAGCUCCACCCCAUCAUCAUUACCAUCAAGGUCUCCCAGCGCAAGUCCAUCUAUCUCCCCUUCUGAUGUUCCCACGGAUGUACCAACAGCUUCUCCAUCCUUGAUUCCAACUGUCACUCCAGGAAACCCUUCAGCUAGCCCAACAACAGCCACACCAUCAUUGUCGCCUUCUACAAGACCAACAGGUUCACCUUCAGAAGUGCCCUCUGUGCCCCCCAGCACCACCCCAUCGUCGUUACCAUCGAGUUCUCCAACAACUUCACCCAGUUUAAGUCCAUCCAUCUCCCCUUCUGAUGUUCCCACAGACAUACCAACAGCGUCUCCGACUUCGAUUCCAACUGUUACUCCCGGAGCACCUUCGGCUAGCCCAACAACAUCCACACCAUCAUCGUCUCCUUCUGGAAUCCCAACAGGUACACCAUCCAGCGUCCCUACACCCCCACCAUCCAAUGCUCCAACAGCACCGCCAACGAACGCCCCCACAGCACCCCCCACCAACCCACCUACUGCGCCGCCGACGAAUGCCCCCACUGAACCUCCCACCAAUCCUCCCACAGACAUGCCAUCAUCCAGUCCGUCACAAAGUCAAUCACCGUCAUCAGCACCAUCAAACUUGCCAUCACUGGAACCAUCCAGUGUUCCCUCACCAAUGCCAAGCCUGAACCCUUCGUCAGCUCCAUCUGUGGUUCCCAGCAGCAGCCCAACAACAUUAGCAUCAUUCUGUGGGUUUUUGCCGUUUUCUGAAGCAGUCACGGUGGGAUUCGAUGAUGAAAUCUCUGGCGUUUCCAAUCCUGAGCUCUUGUCAUCAUUCAAGACCGCAUUUUCUGCCACCCGGAAUGAAACCUGCUCUCCUUGGUUGGUUGGAGUAAAAUUGUUGCGAGUAGGCUUCAGCGAAGCAAAUUUUAUUGCAGAAACCGACCGGAUUGGAGGAGAUCCAUUCAUUCGUAGUGGUAGACAGAAGUUAUAUUUGGAUUCCAUGACAUCAUCCACUGGAGUCCCUGCAGUAUAUGUGCGUGUUGAUUCAGUACCAACAAGCAGUCCGACUGGAAGACCUUCAUUCAGACCAUCACUUCAGCCAUCAUCCAGUCCUAGCAGUAUCCCCAGUCUUUCACCAAGCGGAGAACCAAGUGAAAGGGCAGAACCCAGUCUUUCACCAAGUGAAGUGCCCACAUUGAGCUCCAGGCCCAGCGCGUCACCGAGCUUGAUUCCUAGCAUGCCUCCAAGUCUUACCCCAAGUGAAUAUCCUACAGCAAGUCCUCAUCCCAGUGGUCUUCCGACCGUCAGCCCAAGCAAAGCACCCAGCGAUACACCAAGUGUAUCUCCCACAUCAAGCUCCAGCCCAAGUGUCUCACCAAGCACCACACCCAGCACAUCCCCAAGUUCUAAUCCAAGUGAAGCUCCCUCACUGAGCUCCAUCCCGAGUGUGUCACCAAGCCGAAUUCCCAGCACACCCCCAAGUUUUGCGCCAAGCCCUAUACCGAGUGCCUCGCCAAGCUACAGCCCAAGCUUCGCACCCAGUGAUCUUCCAAGCUUCAAUCCAAGCCCUGCACCCAGUGACACGCCAAGUGAAUCUCCAACGUUUAGCUCCAGCCCAAGCAUCUCACCAAGUAUAACCCCCAGUCCUUCAAUAAGUUCUCCCCCAAGUCAAUCUCCAACAUUGAGCUCCAACCCAAGUGUCUUGCCAAGCUCUAUUCCCAGCACACCCCCAAGUACUGUACCAAGUGCACCUCCCACAUUGAGCACAAGCCCUAGUGUCUCACCAAGCUCUAUUCCCAGCAAGCACCCAGUGAUACCCAAGUGUAUCUCCCACUUCAAGCUCCAGCCCUAG